AUAGGCAUGGCAGGGGUGUUUUGGGGGUGUCAUCUGUAGCAUAUCUGAACUUUUUUAAUCAGUCUAGAGGAAUGCCAGUAGAUUAUAUGCACAAUUUACUGCUUGGUGUAGUAAAGUCUUACUUUGAAAAUCUGUUUAUGGAAAAAUGUAAGAAGUUUUGGGUGGAUGAGGAUGCUACUCCAGAGGAUCUUCAGAAAGCUAUUGAUGAACGCUUGCUCAUAAUCAAACCACCUACUUGUAUUAACAGGACUCCUCGCACAAUGAAAGAUUGGGCUAAUUGGAAGGCCAACGAAUGGAGGACAUUUGAGUUAUUUUAUGCCCUCCCAUGUUUAACAGGUAUUCUUAAAAAAGAAUACGUUGAGCAUUUAGCAUUGCUUUCUGUUGGAUCUUGUAUUUUGCUACAGAAGUCAGUUAGCGAAAGUGAUGCACAUUAUGUACAUAGGUUAUUUCAAAUAUUUUGUGUAAAGUACCAAAAGUACUUUGGAGAGGACUUUAUGUAUUACAAUAUCCAUUUGUUGAUCCACGUUAUCCCAGGAGUUUUGAGAUGGGGUCCACUUUUUACUCAUAAUGCGUUUAUGUUCGAGUCUCAUAAUAGAAACUUGUUACAACUGAAAAAGAAUCCCCACCGUGUUGUUGAGGAAGUCUCAAAGAGGUAUGUCAUUUUGCAAGCUUUGCCAAAAAUGUUAGAUAGAUUUGCAACUGAAAGUACUUUAAAUUAUUGUGAGUAUAUUUUAGACCAGAGCCUCGCUCGGUUCAUGGUUCCUGGUUCUUGGGCUUUGCAGGGAGUUGGCACUAUUGAAGACAAAUUGACUGACGAUGAGACCACCCUACUUGUAAAUCACUACCACCCCUUAGAAAUAUGUCUAUAUUACCAGAGAAUACUUUAUAAAGGAAAAAGAAUUACUACUAGCCAGUAUGCUGCUAAGAGAAAAAAAAAUGAUGAUUCCGUUAUAUGUUUAAACGGGGAGGAAAUUGUUGAAGUGAGGGCUAUAUUUACUCUUGCUGACCAAACUGUGCGACUCUUAACAAGGCAGCUACUUAUGAAGGACUGUGAUAUUGUAUCAAAUCCACAUCUUCGCCAUCUUUCUGAACUGGCAAGGUAUGGAGACUUAAAAAUAAUCAAACCUCAAGAAAUAAGUGGACAAUGUAUUUUUAUUAAAACUGUGACUGGAACAUUCCUAUCUAAAAUGCCUUAUGGAUGCUAUGGUGAUUAAAUUAUAAUAUAAUACUAUGUU